AUGUUCGAGUGUAUGAUGGAAGGUAUAUUUUUGAAGCGUCUCUUCGAGACACUUCGGGAAAUAUGCUCCGAUAUUAGUGUAGAAUGUAAUGGAGAUGGUAUUACAAUGCAAGCUAUGGAUACCAGUCAUAUUUCACUUAUACACCUAGUUAUUCAACCGGACUUUUUUCAACAUUAUCGUUGUGAUUCCCCGUGUACACUUGGAUUAAAUAUCCCUUUCAUGCUAAAAGUAUUAGCUGUCGUCAAGGAAAGGACAACUGUCUAUCUAUCUAAAGGAGAAUUGGAUCAUGACGAUCCGAUUCUUGCCAUACGAAUUAUUGAAAGCGACCUUCCAAAUCUGGCUCUGGAAACAGAAAAUGAAUCAUUAGAAAUUCAAGUUAAAUUGAUCGAUGUUGAAAAAGAGAGACUGGAAAUCCCUGCUUGUGAAUAUGCAAGCAAAUGUACAUUGAAUUCAAAGAGAUUCCAGGAAUUUGCUAAAUAUUUAAAUUCAAUUGGAGACACAGUUACAGUUUCGAUGCACAAGGGCACUAUGACAUUAGAAGCUGAGGGUGAAGGUGUUAAGGUUACUAAAAAUUUUGUUAGUGAUGUUGGUGAAGUGCGUAUCACAUGUGGAGAACCCGUUUCUCAAAUAUUCGCAACUAGAUAUUUGGUAUUGUUUUCAAAGGCAGCUCUAUUAGCUCAAGAAGUAUCAAUCAUGCUUUCACCAGGAAUUCCUUUGAGUGUCAAAUUUCACUUUUGUGACAAAGCCCGUUAUACGAGUACGGAUGGGUCCUCACACCCUGUAGGUGGCACUGCAUUUAUUAACUUUUAUCUAGCCCCUAAUAUUGAAGAAUAG